UUGACAUGCGGCGUUUUCCGAGCGACCAUGGGGGUAUACCGGAUAAGGAUGUCAGGGACCCAGCACGGAAACGUCGCUCGCAGUGCAACGAUCGCGAGUUAAAGGAGCCGGGCCCAGGACGAGGGACCGCAGCGAUAGCAACGAUAUUGCAAAUGGCUGUGGGGCAGAAUCGAUACCGUGACGCAAAGAACCGUGAAAGUUGCCGAGGUCGAGGUGCUUUCCUCCCCAUAUCACCGAGCCAAUCCAGCGUGUGUCGCUUCGAGAUCGAUGCGUGCAAAGCUGCCGCGAACUGAACGCCCCGAAGCCGUUGUUCGGGAACGAGGACGUGCCACGAGGAAAACGAUGACAAUUGCCCCGAUCCACGCGCGCCAGUCUUUCGCUUAGAGUCCCAGCCGAUUUUCACGCGUAACGACGAUGAGCUUCUUGAACUCGUUGCAACAAUACGUAAGCGACAGCGUCGCGAACUUCAACCUCAGCCCGAAGAGGUUCUCCUUCAGUCGCGAGGACUCGGCGUCCAGCGCCGCCGGAAGGAGUGGCUCCACCGGAAGUGUCACCGGAACGACCAACACCAACUCCACCGCACCGCAGUCCACGCCUCAUGGUUACCCUAAGGUGGUGCCACCCCCGGGAGCGGCGACGAGCUCCCAUGGCCGGUCGUUGUCCACGCGCAGACGAACCCUCGAGUGCACUUCCGCUCCCGGGCUGACGGUGCACCCCGCCGCCGGAAGUGCGUCGGGCAGCACGUCGCCCCGCAGGGUCGGCUCUUUUCGCAGGAGCACCGGUUCCGGUGACCGACCGCCUUUGAUGUUCUGCCGCAGGAGACCCUCUUGGCCGGAAGUCGACAUACAGGCCACUUCCGGAGUUCAAGAGACAGACGGCUCCUUCUUCGAAAGUUUCACCGCGUUAUCUUGGAGGCAGCAAAAUCGAAGGCUCGUGGUUCUACAGGAAGUGGAGGCCAGGGCGAAGGAACCGCCACCCCCGUCCAGAGACACCAGUUUGACGUCUUCGCAGUCCUAUCGCUUCACCAAGAAGGAGCUGGAACAGUUGUACAUAGAAGUCCUCUAUACGAUCGCUAAUACGGUGGGAGCCAGCACGGGACAAUACGCUCACUACAAAGAGGAUCUUUAUAGGUAUGCGCAGGAAGCUUUCGGGGUUCCGCAGGAUCAACAUCGCCGAUAUCUGAACAUCGCAUCUGAGGAGAAGCCGCCGAUAGUUGUUCUUAGCGUGGUGGUUGUCGAGGCGGAGGGACUCGAAGCGAAAGACGCGAACGGAUUCAGCGACCCCUACUGCAUGCUGGGAAUUCAACCGGGCAACACAGGUGCGCCAUUGAGUCCGCAGACAAAUUUAACGGCGCACUCACCUCACACCCCGCCAGCAUCCCCUAGACAAGCGACUCGGGCACUUUCCGAUGGCGGCGAAACCGAGAAUUCGCAUCACGAGAAGUUACGGAAACACCACAGUUUCAGGUUGUCGUUCAAGCGGAAGGAGCACACGAGCAGACGCGAGCAUCGAGAGUCGUUGAGCGGCGCGGUGCCGGCCAAGUUUAUACGCGCGACCACGGUGAAGCCGCACACGCUGAGCCCGCGAUGGAACGAGAAGUUUCGUUUCGACAUCGACGACAUCAACGCGGAUAUCCUGCACCUGGACAUAUGGGACCACGACGACGAGUCCUCCGUGUUCGACGCAGUGAGCAAGCUGAACGAGGUACGCGGCGUGAAGGGACUCGGAAGAUUCUUCAAGCAGAUCGCGCAGAGCGCGAGAUCCGGUGGCCAGGACGAUUUCCUGGGCUGCGUGAAUGUCCCUCUUCAGGAUAUUCCAAGCACCGGCUUAGAUCGAUGGUACAAAUUAGAGGCCAGAACGCAACGAAGCACUAUUCAAGGUAGAAUUAGGUUAAAGCUGAGGUUAUCAACGAGAGAAGACAGAGGAACGUCCGAAGAAGACAACUGGGGAGAGCUGAGGCAACAAGAGCGACUUUAUACGGUUUUCCUCAAUCACGAGAUGAAUAAACAAAGGGAAGACUUCACGGGAGAAUUGCCACAAACGGCACUAACGAUUCUUCAUCAACACGCCGUCCAAGGUGAUGUCACGGAAUUGCAACAAGCGUUAGUUAGAUGGGUGGCGACAUCCAGGCAAUCAGCGUGCGACCCAAGGAUCCUUCAUCGUCUUCUUCAGGAAUUAGACAAUGUAUGGCACACGGAGACCCUUUCCCGGGACGAGGAACAAUGUCUCGCGGACUCUUUCAACGAAUUUCUCGAGGUAACGUUGAAGAAAGUUCGACAGCAUCGAAUGCUGUUUCCGCCGCUGCAUCGGCCAUCGAUCUCCAAGUUGGAUUACCUCCUUAGAUGUUUAGGAUUGCUAUCGAACAUGAAAGCCUUCAGAGCGUGUUGCCCGUUCAACAAGGAAAUCCGUGGAGAAAUAAUAACCGUCCUGAGAAAGGGAACCCUCGAAUGGUACGAGGACACCAGGCAGCUAACAAUGUGUUACGAUAAGGAGCCUGAUCAGGAUGCAGAUAAGGUCCUACAGGACUUCACGAACUUAGUAACUGCGUUACUGGUAGACCUGGAGCAAGGACUCACUUAUUACAACAGCCUCUUUGAAAGCACGAACGGCGUGCCAUAUUUCUCGGCGGUGUAUAAACAAUUGGACAAGCUGCUGGCGGAACACGUGGCGAAACACAUGGAGAACACAUCCGAGAUGCAAAACGAGCUCGGAGCAAGGGUCACCACAGCUUGUCUUCAGCUUCACGGUCAGGACCCGGACGAAGAAUAUGUGCUACCACCUGGAGCGGAAAUCGGGACCCCGAUGUUCGAGUUGUACUUGGCUCUGCAGGAUUUUGUCACCAUGAAGGAGACCCUGCCGCAGUCCGACCAUAAAACUUUGGCGAUUUGCAAGUAUUACGAAUGGUUCAGACCAGCUGUCGACAAAUGGUUGGAUCUGGCUAAAUUGAAGGCGAUCCAGCGCGUGAGAAAAUCGGCUGAACUCGAUCGGAUUUGUGUUGGAGAAUACAUUGUGAAGCAUGGUACCUCCGCCAUUGACGUCACAGCUUGCUUCUAUCAGAUCAAAGAGUUUUGGAAAAAGUUAGCCUGGCCGGAUCUUCCUGGGUCGUACAACUUGGUCUUGAAAGUCGUGGAUGCAAUUUGCAGUCCAGCUGCUCACUACGCCGAAAUCAUCCACCAGAAACUAGCAGAUAGCGGCUAUUAUGAGGAACAAACUCCGUAUAAGACAACAGACGAGGUAAUCGUUGAGAUGUGCGUGGCUAUCAACGGCCUCGAGUACGUUCGAAGAUGGCUUCUGCAGUUAGGCGAGGAGCUGCUGAUCGAGAAGCUUCUGACAGCCUUGGAGUGCCAAGCCGGCGAUUCCGCGCGAAUGCAGUCCGCUUUGACGUCACCGUUGGAGCAGACACCAGGACAAAUGUUACUGUUCAUAAAUCAGAUCGUCUCAAGGAUCGGCACGAAGAUGAGACCACCGUUGAAGAAAGCCAUGUUCCAUCUGGCCUGGUCACCGGAUAGUUUGCCCACUUCUGAAGCUAUCGCGCCAUUGCUCGAGUAUUUAGACAUGCACCUGGUGGUACUGAAUUCGGCUCUGCUUACUGUCAAUUUUAAUAGAGUCCUCCAGGACAUCUGGGAGGUGGUACUGGCUGUGCUCAGCAAUCAGAUGGAUGGAAAUGCGGGUGACAAGCCAGCGAUGUUCUACGAGAGACUUCACGAAGCUUUAGACUUAUUGGUGAAAUUUUUCCACGAAGACGAGAAAGGUUUAUCGUACGAUGCACUUCACUGUCAAAGCUUCUUAAACGUAGAAGAGCGUCUACAGUAUCACAAAAUGGAUACGACGUUUUUGAUCGAUCGAUUUUAUCGACAACGACUUCAGGACCAACUAAACACCGUAUCUUCCGAGUACGGCGUUCUAACAGUGAGAGCGUAUCUAAAUCACGAUUCUCUGUGCGUGGAAGUUAUAAACGCCAGAGACGUGAUACCUCUAGAUCCGAAUGGUUACAGUGACCCCUUCGUGAUAAUCGAACUGCUGCCACGAAGAGUCUUCGAACACUGUGCUGAGCAGCACACCAAUGUGAAGAAGAAAACUCUAAAUCCUAUGUUUGAUGAAUGUUUCGAAUUUUCCGUAAGCGUCGAGCAAUGUCGAAGUCCAGAUGCCAUGGUGCUGUUCACCGUAAUGGACCACGACGUGCUCACCGCAAAUGACUUCGCGGGCGAAGCAUUCUUGGGGCUUAAUACGAUACCUGGUGUGACCGACACGAAUGCCAGCAUAGACAAUUUCCACGGCCUCAAGCACACCGAAUUACCCCUGAUGCAUCAGAAGAAUCGAAACCACCCGAUUCUACAGAUUCUGGAGACGAGAGUCGGCGACAAGAUGGCCCUCGACUUCGUGAAGAAGCAGAAGCAACGGUUUGCCUCGACGUAAAAUGGGUCCAGAACCGGAAUCGAGGGAGCACCGCGGAAAACGAGGUAUCUCGUGAUUGAUACGCGACGAUCGCAUCGAGUGUCGAUACUCGACGGGAAGAAAGAAGAAAAAGGCAGAGGAGGUAUGAAGAAGAUGAAACGAAAAAUCAAAAUCCAUCCCCGCGGAUAGCUCGUCGACUCUCUUCUCGAGGUCUUAGCCCCGAAAUUCGUCAGACCUUUCUCAGUGUAAAUCGUGUUGAAUAUAAUCGGUGUUGGUAACUAAGGAAAUUAAAUAGAAGACAGAGAGCGAGAGAAAA